CGCCCUCUUUCCGGUCCCCCUCUUUCCGGUGUCCUGCAGCCCGACGCGCUGGUCAGAGAUACAGAUUAAACCCGCAGUGAGAACCGGAGCUGCUGUUUGCAUUUACGCUGAGCCGGCGCGGGUAAUACCGGAGCAGGACCGGUCCCAGCGCCAUGAUCCCCGCAGUGAGAGCGCUCGGCGGGGCGGCUGCGCUGAGCUGCAGGUCUUACGGGCAGGUCCCUCUGCCCUCGCUGGUCUCUGAGAGGCUGGCUCUGUUCCUGCAGCUCCAGUCCCAGCGCUCUGCCCAGCUGGAGGAGAGGGCUCAGAGGGACAGCAAGCCCAUCCGGGUCUCCCUGCCCGACGGCAGAGAGCUCCACGCACAGGCCUGGAAAACCAGCCCACUGGAGCUGGCAGCGAGGCUCGGUCGCAGUCUAGUUGACGGGGCCGUGGUUGCUCGGGUGAACGGGGUGCUCUGGGAUUUGGGGAGACCCCUGGAACAGGACGGCACCCUGGAGAUCCUGGGGUUCGACAGCACUGAAGGAAAAGGGGUGUUCUGGCACUCCAGCGCUCAUGUUCUGGGCUCAGCGAUGGAGAGUUUGUAUCGGGGGUCUCUCUGCCAUGGCCCCAGCACUGACAGCGGCUUCUUCUACGACAUGCACCUGGACUCCAGCUCGCUGUCCAACAAUGACCUCCCAGCACUGCAAGAUCUGUGCACUCGGAUAAUCCGAGAGAGACGGCCGUUCGAGAGGCUGGAAGUGACCAGGGGGGAGCUGCUGGAGCUGUUCAAGCACAACAAAUUCAAGUUGCAGAUUAUCGAGGAGAAGAUAACGACACAGACGGCUACUGUUUACAGGUGUGGCUCUCUGGUGGACCUGUGCAGGGGACCCCAUCUCCCUCACACUGGGAAAAUCAAGGCAUUCAAACUGCUCAAGUCCUCCUCGGCGCAGUGGCGAGGGGACCCCUCUAUGCAGCCUCUCCACCGGGUGAUCGGGGUCUCCUUCCCGGAGAGCCGGCUCCUGAGAGACUGGGAGCAGGAGCGGGAGGAGGCGAGGAGGAGGGACCACCGACGCAUCGGCAGGGAUCAGGAGCUCUAUUUUUUCCACGAGUUGAGUCCAGGGAGCUGUUUCUUCCUGCCUAAGGGAGCUCACCUCUACAACACGCUCACCGACUUCAUCAAGAGCGAGUACAGGCAGAGGGGAUACACGGAGGUGGUGACCCCCAAUAUCUUCAGCUCUCGUCUGUGGGAGCGCUCAGGGCAUUGGCAGCACUACAGAGACAGCAUGUUCUCCUUCCGGGUCGAGACGGACACCUUCGCCCUCAAACCCAUGAACUGCCCCGGCCACUGUCUGCUGUUUGAGCAUCGCCCUCGCUCCUGGAGGGAGCUGCCUCUGCGCCUCGCUGAUUUCGGGGUGCUGCAUCGGAAUGAGAACUCGGGGGCGCUGACCGGACUCACCCGGGUUCGCAGGUUCAUCCAGGACGACGCCCACAUCUUCUGCACCCCCCAGCAGCUCCACUCUGAGAUGAGGGGGUGUCUGCAGUUCCUGCAGGCUGUCUACUCCGUGCUGGGGUUCUCGUUCCGCCUCUUUCUCUCUACGCGCCCUGACAAAUUUAUGGGGGACCCCGAGGUGUGGGACCAUGCUGAGGAGCAGCUGCAGAGCAGCCUGGAGGAGUUUGGGGAGCCCUGGGAGCUGAACCCUGGAGACGGAGCGUUCUAUGGACCCAAGAUCGAUAUUCAGAUCAAGGAUGCGAUUGGCCGCUACCAUCAGUGCGCCACCAUCCAGCUGGACUUCCAGCUACCAAUCAGAUUCGACCUCCGCUACGUCAGUCAGGAGGGAGAGUCCGAGAGACCAGUCAUGAUUCACCGCGCUAUACUGGGAUCAGUGGAGAGGAUGAUCGCUAUACUGGCAGAGAACUACGCAGGGAAAUGGCCUUUCUGGCUCUCUCCUUCUCAGGUGAUGGUAAUUCCAGUAGGGGGCAGCACUGAGCACUACGCCCAGGAGGUGCACCGGCAGUUCCAGCAGGCUGGCUUCAUGGUGGAAGUGGACCUGGAUCGAGGAGCCACCUUAAAUAAGAAGAUUCGCAGCGCUCAGCUAGCCCAGUACAACUUCAUACUGGUGGUGGGUGAGAAGGAGCAGUCUCGUGGCUCGGUGUCUGUUCGCACGCGGGACGGCAGGCAGCUCGGAGAGCGAGGGGUUAACGAGACGAUGGACAGACUGAGAGAGCUGAGGGAGAAGAGGAGAGGAGUGGGUGUGGAGGAGGAGGAGGGGUUCUGAGAGGCUGCUACACAGACCCCCAGCUCUCUGCGCUUCAAGAGAG